AUGCCGUACACCGGACACUGUAAUUGCGAAAGCAUCCGCAUCACGCUGGCGAGUCAGCCUGAGAAUUCGGUCAUCUGUCAUUGUGCGAGUUGCAAGAGAGCCGGAGGGAGUGUUUUCUCGACAAACUACUUUGUCGGCGAGGAGGAAAUCUCCCUGGAAGAUGCCCAGGGGACGUUAAGGAUCUACGACGACACCAAGACGGCGUCGGGAAACGUUGCGCGGCGCCACUUCUGCUCGAACUGUGGAAGUCCGAUUUAUACGAAAACCCCCAGCGCGCCGGGGAAGCUGUACCUGAAGGCGGCGCUGUUCGAUCGGAUAUCGUCGCCGAAACUGGCGGUGUUUAAGGAACGACAGCCGGAAUGGGCGACGUUGGCCGGACCGGAGGGAGAGAUCUGA